CCAAGCAGCCGCCACUUGUAUGUGUGAACACUGUCCAGAGAAUAUCGAAAAUAAGCAACAAAUGUGUUAAACCAAAAAGCGACAAAGAAAAUAGAAGCAACAACAGCAAAAACGUCUAUACCAAACACUCUCCAGCCAGAAGCCAUCUCGUCUGCCUUACAGCACAUACGCGCACAUAUUUACAAUGAGCAAGCGCAAAAAACUGCUGCAACGAUUUACCGCGUGAUAUUCAAACAACAAAAAAAAUCAACAGCUACAUCAUUAACACUAAGUUAAGCCACAAAGCACUUUGCGCAUUCGCAUAACUCUCACAAUCCAAAGAAAAUGGUACUCAAUCUACUCUUCAUAACAACUGUGAUAAAGUCCACGUUUGGCGUAGUCACCACCGGUCUCUGGCUUAUACCACUGCUCCUCGCUGCCAUCACCUACUACCGCUACGACAGUGUUGAUCCGGAGUCCAGACCCAUCGAUCAAUUGAAUCUAAGUCCCGACUAUGAUUUCAUUAUAGUGGGCGCUGGUUCGGCUGGUGCAGUAGUGGCCAAUCGUCUCACGGAAAUACGCAAAUGGCGCGUGCUACUCAUUGAAGCGGGACCAGAUGAAAAUGAAAUCUCAGAUGUGCCUUCUUUGGCGGCGUAUCUGCAGUUGAGCAAACUCGAUUGGCAGUACAAGACGCAGCCCUCAAACAAAGCCUGUCUGGGCAUGAAGAAUAAUCAGUGCAACUGGCCGCGUGGUAAGGUGCUUGGCGGCUCCAGUGUGCUCAACUAUAUGCUCUAUGUGCGUGGUAAUCGUCAUGACUAUGAUCACUGGGAAUCGCUGGGGAAUACCGGUUGGGGUUAUGAUAACGUGUUACAUUAUUUCAAAAAAUCGGAGGAUAAUCGCAAUCCCUAUUUGGCGAAUAGCCCUUAUCAUGGUCGCGGUGGGUUAUUGACUGUACAGGAAUCACCUUGGCACUCACCGCUGGUAGCGGCUUUUGUCGAGGGUGGUCGGGAGAUUGGCUAUGAAAACCGCGAUAUCAAUGGCGAGAAACAGACCGGCUUUAUGAUUGCACAGGGCACCAUAAGACGCGGCUCACGUUGCAGCACCGCAAAAGCAUUCUUGCGUCCCAUUAGAUUGCGCAAAAACUUCCAUCUUUCCAUGAACUCACAUGUCACCAAAGUGGUGAUAGAGCCAAGCACAAUGCGCGCGCAUACUGUGGAGUUCGUCAAAAAUGGUAAGGUAUUUCGCAUACGCGCCAAACGUGAGAUCAUUAUGUCGGCUGGUGCCAUCAAUACCCCACAAAUACUGAUGCUCUCAGGCAUUGGACCGCGGGCACAAUUAGAGAAACACGGCAUACGCGUACUACAAGACCUCCCAGUUGGUGAGAAUAUGCAGGAUCACGUUGGCAUGGGCGGUCUUUCAUUUCUGGUUGAUAAACCCGUGGCUAUCGUGCAAGAUCGCUUCAAUCCCACAGCGCUCACCAUGCAGUAUGUAUUGCGUGAACGUGGUCCCAUGACAACGCUUGGCGGCGUAGAAGGUUUGGCUUUUGUGCACACGCCCUACUCCAACAGAUCCAUCGAUUGGCCCGAUAUACAGUUCCACAUGGCACCAGCUUCCAUUAAUUCGGACAAUGGCGCGCGCGUUAAGCAAGUACUCGGCCUCAAGGAGUCGAUAUAUCAGGAGGUUUUCAAGCCCAUCGCCAAUAAAGAUACUUGGACUAUCAUGCCGUUACUGCUGCGCCCCCGCUCACGUGGCUGGGUGCGUCUCGCCUCAGCGAAUCCUUUCCACUAUCCGCUCAUUAAUGCGAACUACUUUGAUGAUCCGUUGGAUGUGAAAACAAUUGUCGAAGGAGGAAAGAUUGCGCUAAGGGUUGCCAAUGCUAAAGUCUUCAAGCAAUUCGGUUCUCGCUUAUAUCAGCGACCUUUGCCGAAUUGCAGUAAAUAUAAAAUAUACUCUGAUGAAUAUUUGGAGUGUCAAGCGCGCACCAUCUCUAUGACGAUUUAUCAUCCAUGUGGUACCGCCAAAAUGGGACCGGCUUGGGAUCCCGAGGCAGUCGUCGAUCCACGUUUACGCGUUUAUGGCGUUAGAGGGUUGCGUGUAAUCGACGCCAGUAUUAUGCCGACCAUUAGCAGUGGCAAUACAAAUGCGCCGGUCAUUAUGAUUGGCGAAAAGGGUGCCGAUCUCAUCAAGGAGGAUUGGCAACGGAAUCCGCAGUACCGAGCAGCAGCACCUAAGAGUUAG